AUGUCUCCAGAUUGGUCGAGGCCAUGUUACCUAGUGAACUGGGACCUUUAUCUUGUGCAUGUACCACCUAUCACCUCGCUGUCUGAAGUAUCAAAGCUCAUCAUCCCUAUUCCGUUCGAUGGCACAAACGACUUCCGGCUCACCAGCGACUGCCUCCAAUGGUGGGCAUCGUCCCUAGAGAAGGUUCCCCCCCCAUAA